UUGCAGUUGACCUCUGUACAGUCAGUUCACCUUUCCACGAAAAGAAAUGGCUCUGUUGCGGUUCAUCAUUCUUCCGGCAGUUUUCGUAGCUGCAGUAUCUGCCCAAGAACUGUUCUGCUCAGCGCCUUCAAAGUUCUACAUUCCGGAUUAUAAGGCCAACUGGAUCGCAGCGGUCCAGCACUGCAACCGGCUUGGGAUGCGUUUGGCCGUAGUCGAUGCCGAAUGGAAGCAAACCGAGAUCGUGCAUCUGGUGCACAGUUUCCGGCAUUUCUUGGCGGAUGCCACCCGGUUCGAUUUGUGGAUCGGUGCCAAUGAUUUGGCCCUGGAAGGAAAGUUCAUUUGGCACGCCACCGGAUUGGGGAUGCAGUUUACCAACUGGAAGAAAGAUGAACCGAACAAUUUGCACACCAAGGAACACUGUCUUCACAUGUGGUACCAACCGGACAGGGAUCUGAACUGGGAGUGGAAUGACGAAAACUGCCAGAAUAAUUGGUACUUUGUGUGUGAAAAUGUAGAACCACUGCCUUAGAGGGUGUAGAAGCGGA